ACGUAACUGUUCCUCAUGGUUAACUCCUCGAACACUCCCUCCGCCAUAAUAUCUCCCACCAUUUUUCAGCAAUCAAACUGGAACUCCCGAAAAUAGCAAGGGGUGAGGCCGACGAGGAAAUCCGGCCAGGCUUCCUGGUGGCCGGAAAAGACUGCUGCUGCUGCUUUCAGGCGACGGAAAGAUGGAGCCCUUCGAGGAGAGAUGCCGGAAGCAUCCGUUCCAGACGCUAACGGGCGUCUGCCCCUUCUGCCUGAGCCACCGCCUCAGGCUACUCUGCCCCGACUGCGCCGCCGUCCGCCCUUGCAAAUGCUCCUCCUCCUCCGCCACUUCGUCCGAGAUUCCCUCCACCUCCUCGUCCUCCUCCUCUUUCUCUUCCUCCCUGGAGCGGCCGAAGCAUCAGGCCGCCGGUGGCCGCGUCGGCUCCGUCGGGCGGAUCUCCCUCCUCAUCGACUCCGAGCCCGCCUUCAACCGCUCAAAAUCGGCCCGUGACGCCCCGCUCCCCCACCUUAGAUCGAAGUCCCGCGCGAGCACGCUGUGCCCCGAGGAGCCCAGUUCGAACCCGCCGGAGUCGCGCAGGCGCUGGUCGCUCUGGUCGUUCCUGGUCCCGGAGAAACAAAAGAAGCAGACGAACCCCGUGCCGGAGAAGUCUAUCGCCGCGAAAUUGCCGAGAUCCAGAUCGGUCGGCGUCUCCUACUUCGCGGAUUCUAGUCACUUUUCUAACAAUCCAAUCGCCGUCGCCCCCCGAAAAAGCGUCGGAGCAGUAGCCGGAGGUGGGGAGAGACCGAAGGGUUGGGGUUGGUCGUUCGCUAGUCCGAUUAGGGUUUUCCGGCAGAACAAGGCGGUUAACGGCAGGACGCCUUUGUGUAGAGGAUGAAUCUUGUCACAUUUAUUUUUGUGGUUUUCUUUCUUUUACUUUUAACCUUUUCUUUGUUAAAUAUAUAUCUGGUGAAGUUUUGGUGAUAAAAGAACACCCGACUCUGUACCUUGUUACUUGAGUCACAAGUUAACCCCUCUCUCUUUUCUUCUUUUCCUUUUUUUUUUUUGUUUCUUUCACUGUUUCCUACUUCUUUACUUUAAAGCCCUGUAACUUGUAAUGUACAUUUUCAGUAUAAAGCUUUAUCAUUUUAGGAAAAUAA